AUGUACCCAGAAGAUCAUAUAAAUUCUUAUUUUAAACCUUCAGUUUCUCAAACACCUACAAAAGAAUCCUUGACUCCAAAAAAUAUCAUAUCAAGGGCUUGCUCAUUUUUUUCUCCAUCAGCAUGGAAGCAAAACUAUAAAAAUUUACGUAAAACACAAGAUAAACCGUUAAAUUUUAAAAAUGAUGGCCAAAAUGACUUAGGAUAUUGCAUUCGUCAUCAAGAUACUCCUGAAUCAUUGAAAAAGGAUAGUAUUAUGGAAGAGGAUUUCUUUAAAAAAACGAAAAGUGAUGAAUUUAAAGACACCGAUAUUCCAGCAAAAUUCUUUUCACCUGAUAUAUCUUUUGAAGAUAAUACAAACAUGCCUUUUAUGAAUUCUAUUAUUCCAAAAUUGGGCGAGAAAGAUAUUUUAUCUAAUAAAACAUUAACUCCAAAUGAAAUUUUAUCAUCAUUUUUUUCUAAAAAAGGAAAUUCUCCUCUCAAUACUAUAGAGAUAGAAGGAGUUAUAAGUCUAAUGUCAAAAAAUACUACAUCGAAUAUCGAUUUUUCUUCUUUUAUUACACCUUUAAAAGCACAACAUCAGUCGCCACUUUCUUUGCAUAAUUCUACAUUUUCUCCAACAUAUGAUUCCACUGUCAAAUUUGGAUCAUCUCUUCCUACAUUUUCUUAUUCUAAAAAAUAUUCUACUUUUGGACCAACUAUAAGUACACCAUUUCGUAAACGAAAAUCAACUAAAAGAUCUUCGUUCAAUAUGAAUAAUGCAUCUAAGCAAUUACUACCCUCUAAAUAUGAUCUUUUGGCGACAAUUGGAAUAAAUGAAAAUGAAAGCACUAAGUCUGGCGAUAAACAUGAGCUAGAUAUAAUGUUAGCACCAGAGGCAAAACGACGUCAUGUAGAUUCUACCUUUUUAGAUAAAAAUUUCCUAAAAAAAAUCCCUCAAUACAUUUCGGAAACUUCUCAAAACACAAAUUCAGAGAAUUUUAAAUUUGCAAAAAGUCGCACUGCAACAAAUAUUUUAAAUAUACUAGACAAAGAGAAAAACGAAGAACAUAUUAAAGAUGAGGUAGACAUUCAAUCAGUUCUAAGUCCGUAUGCAAUGCCAUCUUCUAGAAGAACAACAUGUUCAAAACAUGGAAUAACUUCAAACAUUAUUACACAAAAAAAAAAACAGAAAUCUAUAGCUGAAAAAAUUGGAGAAACAAUGCAUUUCAAUACAUUACCAGAAUCUAUUAAUAAAACAAAUUAUCAAGCUCCUGAGAUUCCGUAUAAAAAAUACAGACCUAUUAUUAGUUCAAAUUUGCAAAAUGUUAUUUCCCUAGGAACAGAAAAAAAUUAUUCAAAAAAUAAUGAUACUGAAAUUAAUGAUUUUAAAGAAUCUAAAAAUAUUUUAUUGCCUAAUAAAGUUUCUAUUCCUAAAAAUCUGGCUUCUAAUAAGAUUGUUUCAAUGAAGAGAGAUCCUAUAGUUUUCCAAACCCUUAAGGAUAAUCAAGAAACAUCUAAUUCUUUUUCAACAACAGGAUUUUCAUCUGAACCGGAAAUUAAUAACCAAACAUUAAUAAUCUAUCCAGUAAAUAAGCAUAAUAAUCCAGCAGUUACAUCAUCUAGUUUCUUAAAUCAGGAUAAAAUUAUAUUUGAUUUUUCAGGGAAAGUUGAUGAGAUUGAAGAUACAUCUAUUAUUAUUAAUUCAUUAAAUCAAAAAAAUCAUUUAACUAAGGAAAUUUCACAGAUUACUGAAUCAUUAGAAUUUAAAAUUCUUAAAAUUAACCCAAAUUUACUUCCUUGGUUUUCAUUCACUAUAUUACCAUCUAAGGAAUUCAAAAAUAAUUUAAAAAAUAUAUUACUAAUUCCGAAGACACAAUUACGUAAAUAUAUUUUUACAACACAUACUAACUCUUUAAUUUAA